AUGGAAAUGAACAAUUUUAUUGGUCGGCGAUUCAAUCUCGUCUCGAUGAGUGACAUCCGUUAUGUUGGUACUCUGCACGAUAUCAACCCAGAGGCUUCAACUAUUGCGCUCGAGAACGUCAUAUCGCACGGCACUGAAGGCAGACGCGGCAAUGCGUCAGAGGAAGUUCCGCCAGCUAGUUGCGUGUACGAAUACAUUGUUUUCAGAGGCAGUGAUGUGAAGGAUAUCAACUUUGCGGACAACGAAAAGGAGAAUCAGGCUCCGGAACAACCGCAGGUUCCUAAUGACCCUGCUAUACUAGGUACUACAGCUCCUCCACGCCAGGCUCCUGCCGCUGCCCCCGCUCCCGCUCAGGCAGGCCGUGGGCAGCCUGCUCAGCUCCCGCAGCAACCUCCCCGACAGCAACCACCACCUGGUUAUCCUCAACAACCACCAUAUCCCAAUUACUAUAACCCUUAUGGACAACAGUUCCGUGGGCCCCCCGGAGGCCCACCCGGAUUCCCCGGUGCACCUGGCUCUGGCUUUCCAAAUAUGCCAUAUGGACAACAGGGAUGGUAUCCUCCUCCCGGCCAAGGCUUUCCGCAACCACCGGGCCCAUUCGGACCACCUCAAAUGCCAAUAGCUCCUCCACGCGGACCACCAGGACAGCAACAACAACCACCACAACAACAGCCACAAUCGCAGCAGCAUGGCGUAGAAGGAACUCCAGCGCCUCAGAAUGCCCCUAUGCCAACUUCGGAGCUUCCUGGCGGCGAAAAGGCUCCAAAGAAAACUACCACUCCAGCUCCGGCCACCAGUAAAGAAAAGGAAGAUCAGAAACCAUCACAAACCAAGCCAGAACCCUCCGCCGCACUGGCUAGCCAGGCACAAAAACCAGCCCAUGAUAAAGCGCCCACUCAACCUGCUCCGGAGCCAACAACUGCCGCGAAGAAUGACCGGAUUAUCCCGGCUAUUCCUCUUGCCAUGCCACUCAAGCCAACCGCAUCGGUAGCUCAGGCUACUGCACCAGCUGGGCAACAACCAAACCGAAAUGGUCCAAAUGCUAUGGAAGAGGCAACCCGAGCCGCUACAGCUGCAGUUGCAGCUGCAAUGGCAAAAUUGCCACAACCCACUGGAUCUCAGCAACAGCAACCUACGAACGGGUCCGUAGAGUCAGUGACCAAGAAGCUCAACGAAAUGCGACCAUUUGAUGGUGAACGUCACUCAAGAGGCGGUCAUCAUGGUCCGCGUGGCCGAGGUGGCCAUCGUGGACAUCAUCACCAGCAACAGGUGAAGAAAAUUGAUGUUCCCACGACUGACUACGACUUCGAAUCUGCGAAUGCCAAGUUUAAUAAGCAAGAUCUCGUCAAGGAGGCCAUCGCUUCAGGAUCGCCAUUAAUUGAAGCCGAAGGAAAGCCAUCCACCGCUGUUUCCGAAGCUAACGGAGCCGACGGUGGUGACGUCUCCAGUUCCACAUCGGCUCAUGCUACCAAUGUAGUAUACGACAAGACCUCUUCGUUCUUCGACAACCUAUCUAGUGAAAUGCGCGAUAGGGAGGAAAACGCUCGGAACAAGACCAGCGGCCGUGAAUGGCGCGGAGAGGAAGAAAAGAAGAACAUGGAGACCUUCGGACAAGGAAGCGUUGACAGCGGAUAUCGUGGUAGAGGCCGUGGUCGUGGACGAGGCUUUGGUGGACGUGGCCGAGGCUACAACCGUGGCUAUGGAGGUGGACGUGGUAGAGGAAGUUUCCGUGGUGGAAGAGUCGCAACUGAGUCCACUGGAGUUCCAUCCACCUCCUAA